AGUCGGUUUCGGGCCGCCACCAGCGCUGGCACUGGGCACAGAGGGCUGCGCGCGGCGCACUCCGUGCCCGGGCACCGCACCGGGCUUGUCUCGGUAUCUGCCAUUCUGCCCUAGCCAGGAAAACCCGGCGCCUUCCAGGCCCUUCGAAAGAUGGAUUCUGUUGACGUAUCUGGCGGCCCUGGCGAGCCGGGUGGAAAGUUGGGUUUUGCCAGAUCGUGUUGGGAUCCUCUUUGUGCCGCUCAGCGAGUCCCGCAUCCCGCUGGAGCAGGGUUUGGUCUCUGGAGUACACUAGGCCUGGCCUGCAUGCUGGUUAGUUCGAAGUGUCAAUGAAUGAACACAUCUUCCACUUGCCCUUGACCAGUGAUGGUUGGAAUCCUAGCCCCUCCGUUGACGUAGCUCUGGAGAACGUGUUCUUCACUAUUUCUUGCUGUUCCCUAGUGGAACUGAGCUCCGGUUGUUUAAGUUGGCCACGUGGCACCAGAGCCAAGUGAUGGACGAUCUGCAGUCCCAGAACCUCUCUAUGGACAUGACUGACUCCCCUCCCACUCUGGCCAACAACAGACUGGAGAAUGGCAUGGCCCAGCUGAUAACUACCGAGGCCUGGAACAUCAACUCCACUGACCUGGUCAAGAAGGCUCUGGUGACCGUGCCGGCCCCAUCCAUUCUGAACCCCCCGGCUGAGUCUCAGAGUGGCAUGGCUCUGAAGGUAGCGGCCACCGUGCUGCAGCCCCUGUGCCUUGGGGAAAGCCCCGUGGUGAUGCCCAUUCACAUGCAGGUGGAGGGAAGCUCUGCACCGGAGCUCAACCCCAACGGCAAUGCCACCUACGUGAUGACGACACAAGGCCCCGUGCAGCUGCCGGUGGUGUUAGAGCAGCAUGUUUUCCAGCACCUCAACUCCCCUCUGGUCCUGCCACAGGAGGCCCCAUGCUCCUCCAAUGCUAUUCACAACAACCUCUUCCAGGGGGCCGAGGACUCCGAGGCCCAGCCUCAGCUCCUGGACCUGAGGAUCCCAAGCCAGCCGCAGGAGCCCACAUUGCCAUUUGAAGCUGUGCUCCAGAAUUUAUUCCCCACCCAAGGCUCUCUGGGCCCUCCACCUUGCCAGCCUCCUCCUGGCUAUGCUCCAGUGCCUCCGCAGCCCUUUAACUCUUCUUUGUCCCCCCUGGUCCCACCAGCUACCCUCUUGGUGCCCUAUCCUGUGAUUGUCCCCUUGCCAGUGCCAGUGCCCAUCCCCAUCCCCAUCCCAGUGCCUCAGAGUUCUGAAUCCAAGUUCAGCCCCAGUUUCCCCAAGCCGCCAUCUUCCUUCAGACUGCACUCCUUUAAAGGCACCCAGACCACCCUGGAAAAGGAUGAACUGAAGCCCCUAGACAUUCUCCAGCCAAAAGAGUAUUUCCAGCUCAGCCGCCACACAGUCAUCAAGAUGGGGAGUGAGAAUGAGGCACUGGAUCUCUCCAUGAAGUCAGUACCCUGGCUCAAGGCUAGUGAAGCUAGCCCCCCAAUCUUCCAAGAGGAUGCAGCCCUGGACCUGUCCCUGGCAGCCCACCGAAAGGCCGAGGCUCCCCCAGAGCCACUGUAUGACAGCAGCGUGUCGGCAGACAGCCAGGGUCACACUGUGCUGGAGAAACUUCCUAGUGGUAUGGACAUGACCUUUGCCCCUGCCAAGCCUCGUGAGGCCUCGGUCAUGAUGAAUAACCACAUCAACGGCAGCAAUGGCACUGAAAUGGUCAGCCAGUCCAGCCACCCCGGCAGUGAGGUGAAGGCUGAAAAUAACACUGAGAUUGUAAGUGAGCCCCAGGCAGCCAAGGUCAUUGUCUCAGUUGAAGACACUGUGCCCACCAUCUUCUGUGGCAAGAUUAAAGGCCUCUCAGGGGUAUCCACCAAAAACUUCUCCUUUAAAAGAGAAGACUCUGUGCUUCAGGGUUAUGACAUCAACAGCCAAGGAGAAGAUUCCCUGGGAAAUGCCGAGCCCCUUAGGAAACCCAUCAAAAACCGGAGCAUAAAGUUAAAGAAAAUGAACUCCCAGGAAAUACACAUGCUCCCAAUUAAAAAACAACGGCUGGCCACCUUUUUUCCGAGAAAGUAAAUAAGGGCUUUAAAACAUUUUUAUGAUUAGGACAUGGGGAAAGGUGCAUUGGUUUUUUAAAAAAGUCAUCUAAAACAAAUUAUCUUUGUUAAUUAUUUUGGGGUGUAGGUGGGAGGCAGAAAGGCAAAUUAGCUAGAAUCAUUUUCUUUUUUAAUUUUUGACUUUUCACAAAUGAGUAAAUAAGAGCAACCUAUUUUUCAAGCAGAUUGCACAUUUUUUUGCAGCUUUAAUGGAAUAUUGGGUGAAUCAGAGGGGUAAAAGCUAUUUUCAUUGUCACAAAGUGCUUUGAUGAUGUAAUACCUAAUAAAGGGUAGGAUGAAUAUUUCACAAUAAACGUUUGUUUGCACUAA